UCUCCAUUUGGUUUUUAAAUUGUACUUUUGAUCCAGUUGCUAUGAAAACAGGCAAACAUUCUUUCCUCGGCAAUAACUUUUAAGAGAGAAAGCUAUCGAUUGUUCAUUUGUGGUUUUCAUCUAACAGUAAUUUAACAGCCGGACAUCUUCAUCGUUCUGUCUAGUCUGGGUAUUUCUGCUCUUGCUUCUGUUACAAUUAUAAAUGUAUUCACAUCCAACCUUUAAAUAAAAGAGUACAUCAUUCUUUGGAUACUGAAAAAUACAGACUCGCUUUGUGAUUUCAAAAUAAGCUGUGUUUAUAAGCCAAUAAACACAAUUGUGGUCGUAAUGUGACAAAAUGUUAAAAAGCUCACGGAAAAAUGACGAUGCACUUUACUGAAUGGGUGGCUUUUUUCCCCCACAUCAGAAAGGCUACAGUUUCAAAACUAAAUAGAAAUCCAAGCCAAUAAAAUAAAGUGCUGUUAACUGUCACUGAACUGAUGACUGAUGUUUUUAUUUAAAAUGAAUGUGGACGGCAACAGGCAGGAGGAGUUCUGCCAGGCUGAGAGGGAGGAGGUGUCUGCCUUGCACUCUACCGUAACUUCAAUAGUACCGUGCUGAUGUGUUCUGUGGUUUCAGCAACAUGAAAAAGUUUGAACUUGGCGAGACAGCUGAAUAUUGCGUCAUGGCGGACGAUGCUGAAGAAGACCCGGAGUGCAGUAGAUGGCCCACGGCUCCAGACGGCUACAUCCCCAACUCCAUAAUCAGAAGCUGGAGGAAGAAACAAAAAGGUUCCAGCGGGGAAGACUUCUGGCAGCAAUUCUUUUCCACCAGUGUGUACAUUGAACUGGGCGAGGAAGAGGAGAGAACUGCUGACGAGGUCUUCUACUGUUAUUUCGAUGUGGAUGAGAUCGAUAUUCCUGCUGAGAUGGAAAGGAAGAAGUCAGCAAGAGACAGGUCGCCAAGCACGCGGAAAUCAAGCAGAGUGGGAAAAAAACCCCCUGGAAGAAAGGUUUCAGUUAAACCAAAAACAAGUCAGAAGAGAAAGGAGAGCGAAUAUGGGUCUGAUAUGCAGCCGAGGAGGAGUCUGAAAACUUCUAGAAGAAGUCUGGUGUCUCAGAAGUCAGGUCAAAAAAGAAGUGGCAAACUUUCCAAAGCAGAAAUUGAAGAGGGCAGACCUCUGGACAGGACAGGGCUUGGUGAAGGCGUUGAACGUGGGCUUGGUGAAGGCGUUGAACGUCCACUUCAAUCUGACUCCAUGUUUGAUUCAGCAGGCCAACAAUUCGACACCAAACCUGGAGAGGGGCAGCAGCCUUCUGUUGACUAUUUGGAUGCUGACAUCUCAAAGCAAGAUGAUCAAACACAGAUCAGUACCAAAGAAACUCCUUUACCAAAGGCUCCUCCUCCAACUCCAGAGGAUAAGAAAUUAAAACGGAAGGUGACCUUCCAACUGCCUCAAGAUGCAGAUCUUCUGCUGUCCACUGAUGAAUAUGACAGUGGAGAGCACAACAAGAUGGCGCUCAGUACAAAGGUUAUGUCACUCUUUAGAAAGCAAAGAGAAACAUUCUCUCCUCAAAUGAAAAGAGCUAAGAUUAGUUCUGGAAGAAGAAAGUCUGGAAGGGAAAGCUUUAGUUUUAGAAGAAGACGCUUUAGUUCUGGAAGAAGAAAGUUUAGUUCUGGAAGGGGAAGCCUUGUAUCUAGAGGAAGAAGGAUUGAUUUUAAAAAGAGAAAGUCUAGCACUAGAAAGGGACAGAUAAGUCUUGCAAUGGCAAUGCAUUUGCCACUUGCUCAUUUCUCUACAGGAAUAAAGAGAGGGACCAGGCCUAUCAAAGGCAAAUCUCGAGUUACUGUUCCAUUGUCCACCACAUCCCGGAAGCAGCUCAAAGUCCAACCUGAAAGUCCUCCAGACACUGCUGAUGACAGUAUUCCUCAUUCUCUAUCCUUCGGCCCUAUCAGCGACAAUAGGCCCCUUCCUGAAUGGAGGAAGAACAUGUACAAAGUGAUUGCUCUCAAGGGUUUCCGUUCUUCACGGGCACAAAGGCGGUUUUCUAUGGAGUAUCCAGAUGAGUCUUCCAUUGCAUCUAAACUCUCAGCAAAAAUGCCCAUCCUCCAACAGGGACAAGCUGAAGAAUCCCAACAGGAGAAGCAGGAGAUUGAAUUGAAAAAGAGCACAGAGCCAACUCGCCAACAACCCACCGAAGGGCAGUUUGCAGCAGAGCAUCAACAGGAGUCUGCUGGUGCAUUUCAGCCUUCAGUAACCACCCCUGAGCUCCAACAGGGUAAAGCUGAAAAAUCCCAACAGAAGAUCCAAUUGAAAAAGAGCAGAGAGCCAACUCACCAACAACCUGCCAAAGAGCAGCAAUCUGCUCGUGCAUCCCAACCCUCAGUAACCACUCCCACGCACCAAAAAUUGAAACCAGAGAUCCAAUUGAAAAAGAGCAUAGAGUCAACCUACCAACAACCUACUGAAGGGCAGUUUGCUGCAUAUCAUCUAGGGGAACCUCCCGUUCUAUCAGAAUCUUUAACAGUUAAACCCAUUAUCCCAAAGCCUCGACCAAAGUUGACAAAGGUGUUGACGACGACAACAGAGCCAACCCAACAACAACCUACCACAGAGCAGUUUACUGCAGAGCAUCAACAGGCUUUUAGCCAUGCAUACCAACCGUCCACCCCCAUGCUCCAAAAGGGUCAAUCUGAAGCAUCCAUAUGGUUGGGGCAGGAGAUCGAAUUGAAGGAGAGCACAGAGCCAGCCCACCAAAGGCCACGUUUAUAUGGAGAAUCCACAGGAGCCUCCCCAUAUGCAGAAGCCACUCCAUAUGAAGGAGCUCCCUCAUACACAGAAGCUCCCCCACACAUGGGAGCUGCCCCACUCAUAGGAGCCCAAUCAUAUGCAGGAGCUCCCCCAUACCCAGGAACUACACCAUACGCAGGAGCUCCCCCAUACCCAGGAACUACACCAUACGCAGGAGCUCCCCCAUACCCAGGAACUACAUACGCAGGAGCUCCCCCAUACCCAGGAACUACACCAUACGCAGGAGCUCCCCCAUACCCAGGGGCUACACCAUACCCAGGAGCUACACCAUACCCAGGAACUACACCAUACCCAGGAACUACACCAUAUGCAGGAGCUCCCCCAUACCCAGGAGCUACACCAUACCCAGGAGCUACACCAUACCCAGGAACUACACCAUACCCAGGAACUACACCAUACCCAGGAACUACACCAUAUCCAGGAAUUACACCAUAUGCAGGAGCUACACCAUACACAGGAGCUACCCCUUACACAGGGCCAUUCCCUUUUACAGGAGCUCCCCCAUACCCAGGAACUGCCCCAUAUACAGGAGCUGCCCAAUCCACAGGAGCACCCCCAUACCCAGGAGCUCCCCCAUACCCAGGUGCUCCCACACAUACAGGAGCUUCCCCAUACCCAGGAACUGCCCCAUACCCAGGAGCUCCCCCAUACACAGGAGCACACCCAUACCCAGGAGCUCCCCCAUACCCAGGUGCUCCCACACAUACAGGAGCUCCCCCAUACCCAGGAGCUCCCCCAUACCCAGGUGCUCCCACACAUACAGGAGCUCCCCCAUACCCAGGAACUGCCCCAUACCCAGGAGCUCCCCCAUACACAGGAGCACACCCAUACCCAGGAGCUCCCCCAUACCCAGGUGCUCCCACACAUACAGGAGCUCCCCCAUACCCAGGAGCUCCCCCAUACCCAGGAGCUCCCCCAUACACAGGAGCUGCCCCAUACACAAGAGGUCUCCCAUACACAGGAGCCUCUUCGUUACAACUCACUGAAGGGCAAUUUGCUGCAAAGUAUCCACAGAAGCCUCCCUGUGCAUCCCGACCUACAAUAACCAUGUCCAUGCUACAAUGUGGCCCAGCUUACACCGCCCUUAGGGAGCUAAGAGUGGUUAAGGAUCUAAGGGUGGCACAGAAGAGUCAACUGAAAGACAGCAAAGAACCAACCCACCCAAAGUCAGUUUUCUAUACAGCAUACACAGGAGCCUUCCCAUUCAAACUUCCCAAAGUGCAGUUAGCUGCAGAGCAUCCACAGGAGCCUCCCCAUGUCAGUUUACGAAAGGAUGGUUUGCUGCAGAGUAUCCCCAGGGGUCUCCCCGUGCCAACCCAUCGAAAGGCUGUUUGCGGCACUGAAACAGGAACUUUCCCGUGCCAACCCACAGAAGUGCAGUUUGCUGAGGAGCAACCACAGGAGCCUACUCAUGCAUCCCAACAUUCAAAAACAAUGCUGCGACGGGGUCAAGCUGAACCAACCCAAAGGGUAGUGCAGGAGGUCCAAUUGAAAACCAGCUCAGAGCCAGCCCAAUGUUCCUUCAGUAAAGUGGUCCCUUUGGCUUCUCGACAAAACUUCAUCACCUCAAGUAAAUGUGGGAAGACACAGUAUGGAAAACUGCAGUUUGACUGGAUGAGGGGUUCAUUAAAGUGAAAACUGAUUUGUUUCAAGAAAACAAAGUAAA